CCCUAUGAACAAUGUCCAUGUUCCAUCGGAAGUCGAGUUUCUUCGCUCCAGCUCCAGUAGCUGUGGUAGGGCUUCAGCCACUCAAGUGAAUAGGAAGAGGAGAAAAGGCAGGAUUGGAUUACAUUGAACUCGAAUCCCUUCUUUAAAAGAGUGUAUUCCCUUUACUUAAGAGCUAACGGUGCGGUGCUGGGAAGCGAAGAAAGAACGUAAGCACGCCAUCCAAUACCUAUUCUGCCCUCGAAAACACUUAUUCAAGGCGCCUAUUCAAUACCUAUGAGAAGCCCGAUACAUACCUAUAGCAUCUAAAAGGAAUAACACUAGGUAAUCUUCCUCAGAACGGGAAUGCUAUACCCUACCAAGUAAAGCAACUCCAACUGUCACUGCAACUGGCUCGCAAACUCUUCCUGCUUAGGGAUACAACCUAUGGAAACUCCCAAUGGCUGACAAACCAUUGCUAGAGUAUGCCCUUGGCCCAGUUGAGCAAGCUAAAUGGUGUUUGCCUAUUGCAUCUUACUGGGGCGAGGACAAUCAAUGGAAGUGGGAGGAGUUCCCCUCUAUCCUUCCCUUCCUUAUGAAGUGGUGCAAAAAAGUUCAGCUGUUCACGUUAUUAAGAAGAACGAUGUUGAAGAUACAAUUCAUCUAGUGGGCCGUUCUCGGUGACGGGUAUGACCUUUUCUUCUGCAAUGUAUUAGGUAUUUCAACAAAAGAUGAAGGCGGUAAGCUACAUGCUGUCUAAACUCGGAAGGAAGUCCAUCUUCGUUAAGCUGCACUCGUAGGGUUAGUAGCUCAGAUCUGGUAGUGGUAUGUACGUACUAGGUCUAAGCGGUAAGUUGGAAUUGAGUUUAGAAAAGAAAAGUUCUUUUCAGCCAAAGCUAGCCUUUUUUUCCCAUCUGUCUAUUAGUGAAAGCUCCUGGCAUUUUGUAGA